GCCAAAUAACAGGGUCAACCCAUUCCCAAAUCACUCACAGUCUCUCUCCAAAUCACAACGAACUCCAAAUCUCUCUCUCUUUCUCUCUCUCCUCUCUCCUCUUUGAACAUUUUCUCUCAGUUUCCGUGCAAACCAACGGUCUCUGUCAUUGUCAAUCAUGGGUGGUUCUCAGAGCCGAGAAGGUCUGGAUCUCUCAGACUACUCAGACGACGACUACAAAGAAGAAGAUUCAGAAGAGCAAUACGAAGAUGCAGAAGGCAAUUAUCAAACCACAACUAAAGCCUCACCAAGCACCAAAACCGUAGACGAAGUCGACGCCAAACUGAAAGCCCUAAAGCUCAAAUACCCUUCGAACCAAAACCCUAGUUUCAUGAAAAACGCAGUCAAAUUGUACCUUCACGUCGGUGGCAACACUCCAAAAGCCAAGUGGAUCGUCUCGGAGAAACUCACUUCUUACAAAUUCAUCAAAACUUCCAAAAUUGGAGCCGAUGAUGACGAUGACGAUGACGAUGACGAUGGCGAAGAAAGUGAACCGUACGGUAAAAGUGAGGGGUUUUGGUUUUUGAAGGUGAGUACGAAGAUUAGAGCUAGGGUUUCGACUGAUAUGCAAUUGAAAAUGUUUGGUGAUCAAAGAAGAGUGGAUUUUGUGGACCAUGGAGUUUGGGCGUUGAAGUUUUUUGUUGAUGAGGAUUAUAGGAGUUUCGUGACGAGGUUUCAGGACUGUUUGUUUGAGAAUGUGUACAGAAUGAGGGCUACGGGGAGAAUAAGGUUAAGGUUUAUGGGAAAGAGUUUAUUGGGUGGGUAAAGCCCGAGGAAUCGGAUGAUUCAAUGUGGGAAGAUGCUGAUGAAGGAGUGUGGAGGAGUCCGGGAAAGGCGACCCCUGUAAGGGGGAAUCAGGAUUUGUUGGAGGAGUUUGAGGAGGCAGCUACGGGUGAUGGGAUACAGAGUUUGGCUUUGGGGGCUUUGGAUAAUAGUUUUCUUGUGAGCGAUUCGGGUGUUCAAGUGGUCAAGAAUUUUAGCCAUGGAAUCCAUGGGAAAGGUGUCUAUGUGAGGUUUGAUGAUGGGGGUCGAAAGGGAAGUCCGAGUGUUGCGCAUUCAACGCCAAAAAGGGCCCUUUUGAUGAGGGGUGAGACGAACAUGAUGAUUAUGAGCCCGGCAAAGGAAGGGAAGCCACACGCGACUGGGCUUCAUCAAUUGGAUAUUGAGACAGGAAAGAUUGUGACCCAAUGGAAGUUUGACAAGGAUGGGACUGAUAUUACUAUGAGGGAUAUUACCAAUGAUGCAAAAGGGUCGCAAUUGGAUCCUUCUGAGUCUACAUUUUUGGGGUUGGAUGAUAAUAGGUUGUGUCAGUGGGAUAUGCGUGAUAAGCAGGGUAUUGUUCAGAAUAUUGCUAAUGCGCAUUCACCCGUUUUGCAUUGGUCUCAAGGACAUCAGUUCUCAAGAGGGACAAAUUUUCAGUGCUUUGCAACUGCUGGUGAUGGUUCAAUUGUUGUUGGGUCACUUGAUGGGAAGAUAAGGUUAUACUCGAAGACUUCUAUGAGGCAGGCCAAGACUGCUUUUCCGGGGCUUGGUUCACCUAUUACUCAUGUUGAUGUUACUUAUGAUGGAAAGUGGGUGUUGGGCACGACCGACACAUAUUUGGUUCUCAUCUGCACCCUGUUCACUGACAAAGACGGGAAGACAAAGACUGGUUUUAGUGGUCGAAUGGGGAACAAAAUUCCUGCUCCAAGAUUGUUGAAGCUAACUCCAGUGGAUUCACAUAUGGCUGGGGUAGACAAUAAGUUCCACGGUGGCCAAUUUUCAUGGGUCACUGAAAAUGGGAAACAAGAGCGCCACCUUGUCGCAACUGUUGGCAAAUUCAGUAUAAUAUGGAACUUCCAGCAGGUGAAGAACAGUGCUCAUGAAUGCUACCGGAAUCAGCAAGGCCUCAAGAGCUGCUAUUGUUAUAAGAUCGUCUUGAAGGAUGAGUCCAUUGUUGAUAGUCGGUUCAUGCAUGACAAAUUUGCUGUGAGUGAUUCUCCAGAAGCUCCGUUGGUCGUGGCAACCCCAAUGAAAGUAACAUCUUUCAGUAUGUCUGGUAGGCAAUAACCUUGUUGGAGAAUGAUUGUGCACAUCUUGUGUAUAUGGAGAUGUCCUUCAAUUGUGUAUUUGGAUACCUUUUUAUCUUCAAUUUUUUUUUAGUUCAAAUUUUUUUUUUUUGUUUUUUUUUUUUAAAGUCUUGUGGAUAAGAAUGGCUUCUUGUAUAAAUUUUGAACUUCCCUGUUUUUUCGAUGUGUUUAGUUGACUCUGAUGAUGGGGGUUGAAGUAGUUGUAGAUUGCAGUGAAAGGGUCAAAUCUUUCCUUGUGCUGUGAACUAUGUUGCUGUCUUCUUGAGAUUGUGGAUUUGU